AUGGCUGAAACUGUCUGGCAAGGCAACUAUGAAUCAGCAGUUAUUAGGCUUAGCAACGCUGCUGUGAUAGUCCCACUCAAGCUGUUGUGGAAAGGUGGGAUGCUCCUGGUGCCACCUCAAAAAUGGGAUAGAUCAUCAAGACUGUGUCACAUCCGUGGUUUUAUGCUCAUGUCCAAGACCGACGCUCACAGACAUCCCUACCUCCAUGCAAUGAAGUGUCCCAAGAUUUUUUUACCAAGAUGUUGGCGUGGUACCACUAUAAUCCUCUCUAUGAUAGCUGCCUCCUUCAUUCUCUUCUACACCAAAUCACAGUCAGCUCGGUGUGGCUUUGUGAUGGUUGUGAUGACAGUGAUGUGGGUGACCGAAGCAAUACCCUUGCCUGUCACAGCCCUCAUACCUGUAUUCGCUUUCCCUUUAAUGGGUGUUCUUUCCACCGACACCGUGAGUAGAAUGUACCUAAAAGAGUCCAAUAUGAUGUUCCUCGGUGGCCUCAUCAUGGCGGCAGCGGUGGAGAACUGCAACUUUCAUGAACGUAUUGCCCUUUUCGUGAUCCUCCAUGUGGGUCAGGCGACGUUGCCACUUGACCCAAGGCGGGUUUUUCCUUGA